CAUUAGUAGGAAUGUAAAGACAGGAGUGGGUGUGCUCUUCUGAGACAUAAAGCUUGAGCAUGCAGAUAGUAGGCUGUGUGGCCUUAAGAGAGACAGGCAGGUUAAGUGAAAUGAACUGAAACAAAACUUGAGGAAGGAGCAUGUUUUACGCAAUGACCAUCCUACCCAGAUAAAAGAGGACAUUUGCACAACUGCUGUGAGUUCAUCAUGGAAUGAGAGGAAUUAAAGGCAUUAGCAGCUGUUUCAAAGUAUCAGCGUUCGAUAGACAGCACUACAGGAAGACAGGGAGAGGGAGCAAGCAACAGAGAAGGAAGCAGAGAGAAGGAGCAAGAACAGAAAACAAGACAGGGGAGAGGCUGCAGCUUUCGUUCAGUGCUAAGCGUGUUACUGAUCUAACUGAAGGCUUCCUGUGUCAGCACUAUGGGAAAGUCAGCCUCGAAGCAGUUUGCUGAGGAGGUGCUUCAGUGCCAUAAUGAGUUCAGGAGAAGGCACCAGACUCCUCCACUGAAGCUGAGCAGCAAGUUGAGCAGAGAGGCUGCCCGGUAUGCUGAAAGUCUGGCCAGCACACGGAUCCUGAAACACAGCGUGGAAUCCAGUAGAGGGAGCUGUGGAGAAAACCUGGCAUGGGCCUCCUAUGACCAAUCAGGAAAAGAUGUGGCAGACCGCUGGUAUGAUGAAGUGAAACAGUACAACUUCAGCCGCCCUGGAUUCUCCUCUGGCACUGGCCAUUUCACAGCAAUGGUGUGGAAGAGCACUAAAAAGCUGGGUGUCGGUAAGGCCAUUGCAUCAGACGGUUCUUCCUUUGUGGUGGCCAGAUACUUCCCAGCUGGGAAUGUCACUAACCAGGGACACUUUGAGAACAACGUCCUCCCAGCUAAAACCGCUACCUAAAGAUGUCUAGAUCACCAACACACUUGACUUAAGCCCAAAGGCAUUUGUUUCAUUUUCAAGGAGAGUCUGAAGUUAUCUGCCUUCACUGCUAUGGGGAAUACUCAGGAGAGCACCACUUCUUGCCUAGUAGAGAACCAUACUUCUAUCUUGAAUGGAUUUAUAAGAUGAAAUGCACUCAGGCUUAAAGUCCUGUGUUUGUAAUUUGAAAAUGGACUAGUGUAUGAUGCAGUGUUUAGAAUGACAGAAGCACUACUGUUUGACAUUGCUAACAAAACAUUCCCAGUGACCAUUUGGAAUGUAUAAUCUUGAUUUUGAUGGUCAUUUACUUAGCCUGUGAUAGUAUUCAUUCACAGUAUCAUUCAUUAAUGCUAAUACUUUUAUAUUUUCACACACUGAAUUACAUCAUAGCCUCACAUCUGGAUUCAUGUAAGAAUGGGAACAAAGUCAGUCAACUGGAAAGGCUUUACACAUUUACAUGUGGAGUCAUUGCUUAAUAAUUUAAAGCUGAUGACUCAGCAUGCUUAGUAUGAGUUUGUGUUAUUGUCACCACUUGACAGACUCAAAGCAGAAUCCUGCAGUCCUGGGCAUUUGUGUUUUGUACUCUAAAUCAGUUUUGUACAAUAAAAUUGUUAUAAAUGUA